AAGGAGAGGAGGGAGUAUGGGGCGAUGUGGGUGGGGCGGCGUGGCAUGCGCGAGCGUCGCGGAGGGCGGGGAAGGCGCGAGAGGGGCGGGCCAGAUCGCGCCAACGUCUCCGCCCCGCCCCCUUCGGUCCGGCCGCGUCCCCGCCCCUGCGCGUCGCCAUUUGUCGAGGGUCACCCAAGGGGCGGAGCGGGCGGGCGGUUAUGGCGGUAUGUGAUGGGGACUUGAAGCUCAGAAGCGUAAUCGAAGGCGGCUGCGGAGAACCGGGUGGAGAAGACGAAAGCCCGACGAAGGACGACAGCGGCGGCGGCGGCUGGGCGCUGUGGCCCGUGGGUGGCGGCGGCGAGGGCGGCGGCAGCGGCGAGAUGCUGCUGAACGUGCUGAUCGUGCUGCUCCUGCUGCUCGGGGUCUACCGGCUGUGGGUGAGCUGGAGCCGGCGUGGGCCGAGCGAGGUCGCAGGAGACAGCGCAGACAGCCCGGCCACCUCUUUUGCCUCCGACCUGCCGCCCAUGAAGAGGCGCGACUUCAACCUAGAGCAGCUGCGCCAGUACGACGGCGCGCGCACGCCGCGCAUCCUCCUCGCCGUCAACAGCAAAGUGUUCGACGUGACCAAAGGCAGGAAGUUCUACGGGCCAGCGGGACCAUAUGGACUAUUUGCUGGUCGAGAUGCCUCCAGAGGCCUAGCAACAUUCUGCCUAGAUAAAGAGGCACUCAAAGAUGAGUACGACGACCUCUCAGACCUGAAUGCUGUGCAGAUGGAGAGUGUUAGAGAGUGGGAAAUGCAGUUUAAAGAAAAAUAUGAUUAUGUUGGCAGACUCCUAAAGCCGGGGGAGGAACCAUCAGAAUACACAGAUGAAGAAGAUAACAGGGAUCACAGACAGGACUGAACUUUGCAAACAACCAAAGUCAGAGGCCUUCAGAACUGCAACCUCUUUGAAUUCCCUUUCACAGAAUGGCCUGCAGCUUUGGGUUUGGUUCAUCAGCUGCGAGAAAAAACGAAAACAUUUGACAGAUUUUGUGCAAGAAAAUGUGCAGACUUGUUCCAGAGACCUGACUGCUCGACACCGUUCAUGCUGCCAACCUUUGGUGGAGGCCUCUGGAGCUACUGGUGUGGCUGAGUCACCGAGGAGACGGGUAGGGAGUCUAGAAAGUGGCACAAAACUGCACAGCUGUUCCUCUUUGGUGAAGCGCAGACACCCAGUAUGCAUUUGCUGCUCUGGAAGUAUGCCGGUCUCGGUCUCUCUGAAAAACAGCAUGGAUACGUCGUUUUUUGUGCUGUCUUUUUGUUUCAGCCCUGAGGGAAAACUCUUGUGUACAUCCGUUGAGUAGUUGGCCUACUGAAACAUUAAAAUGUGAAUUUCCAAACUUUGUCAUAGAGGUGUUACUAGCUCUGGCAAAAAAUAAGUCAACAAAUCCUGCAGUCCUACAAAAUCUGGGCAGAUUAGGGGGGGAUGUCAGGUGGGCCUUUUCCCUGGCGGAUUUAUGUCCAAACUAAUUUCCCAGCAUCAAGAACCCCAAAGCCAGUCUUUACCCCUUUUUCAAAUCAAAUCAACAUGAAUUGUGCCUUAUUUCACUUAGGUAGACUUGGGUGGUUUAAGGGGGAGCCCCGGUUGGGAUGUCAUAGAUCACUGCAAGCAGCGUUGACUGAAGCCCAGAAUGCUGUCUUGACUGGAAGCCUCGAUGUCAUUCUGUGUGUAUAGAAUGUAAAAGGGAUAUUCAGUGUUAACUGCCAUAUCUGUUAAUGUACAUGAACUUAAUUAGCAUUGCAAUGGCCAAAUACACCCUCCAUGAUCUCUUUUAAAAAAAAGCAAAAACCAACAAAAAAGAAGCUCCCUCUCCCCAAGCAGCCUGCCUGACCUUGGGAGCCCGGCCCUUUUGUCUCCUAGUGAUGUGAGUGGGCGGAGGGUUGUCUGGCCGGGUGUCUGCAGGUCUGUCUGCGUGUCCGCCUUACUGGGAGUGCAUGCGUGUGCGUGUGAGAGGGCCUCAGGGGGCUGCUUCUGAAGAUGCUGUAAAUAUGAAUGCCAUUUAAAUAAAGCAUGUACCAUAAACCAAAA